AUGACCACUGCCCACGGAAUUCUGGAUCAGAUGUCCCUCCACGAAGAACAAGAGGGGCUUACAGGUGUGGAACGAGAGACUGACUACACCUUCUGGAAUACCGAUCUUUGCGAGUCGGAUUUGGACGAAAGAGAAAGUAAAAUAGACGGCGGCGAGGAUGAAGAAGAUUUCAUCGAUCCUGAUGAAGAUUCUCUCGGACAGCGGGACGCGUCAAAGGUCGCUCGAUGGCAGCCCUUCGACGGUGUCGUAGGGAUCAACUUUCUUGGCAAGCUGUACUCCGAUAAGAAGCAUGCGGUAAACGCCAUUUCAUCCAGCGACUACGCACUGCUAAGAACCAAGGCCUUCGAUGGUUUUAGUAACAGGCCUUUUUCUGCCCUUGAUACUGCGGAAAUUACUUCAUUUGUUGCUAACCACGAGCUGGAGCAAGGGCCGGUCUCAGUCAUCUUGGGUCUUGAUAAUGUAGCACAAGGAACCUUACUACCGCGGGCCACAAGUCUUCCUUUCAGUAAUGGCAAGUUGUUAUUGCGAACUGUAGAGUUGGCGAAACCACUCGCAAGGGGAACCUCGGGUGCAUGGCUGAUUAAGGACACAAAAUUUGUUGGCAUGAUUGUAGCUGCUUACGCAGGUGAACCAUUAGCGCUUUUUAUGAGCGCCGAGGACAUAAUUGUCAACAUCUUAAUGUCGUUCCCUGCUGAGACAAACCUCCCCACCAACGAAGGAAGCUUUGGCGCCACGACACAACACUCCCAAAAUGCCCCCUCGAUACAAGCGCCAACUUCAACUUCUUCGAUACCAAUGACUGCAAUAAAAACUGAUGAGGCGCUGCACCAGGGCUCCAAGGAAGCCAAUGCUGCCAGAAACCCAUCAAUGAUCUUCAUCAAUGACUACUAG